GCCCAACCCAGGGAGAGCCGGCUCCAGCCUUGCGUUACAGCCGUUCCUGCGCCACCGGGUGUCGCACAGGAAUAUAGGGCUGCGUACGAUCUUCCAUCAAUACGAGUUCAGGAGCAAUUGGCAGUGUUCCGACGCCUCCAAGAGCCGUAUCACACCCAGCACUCUGAGAGCCAGCAGUUCCUGUCGGAGCAUGUGGGCCGCAUCCGUACGGAGAGCCGCAAGUGCAGCGAAAUACGCCGCCGCCGCGACGACGGGCACACUCGUCACUAAUGAUACAAACUGCUUCUACGAGACGCGGAAGAAGAUUGGAGCUUACGACUUGGGCCCGACGCUCGGCGAGGGCGCCUUCGCCACCGUAAGAAAAGCGUCCAAGGGAGGUGAAACGUACGCCUGCAAGAUCAUUAACACGGCGCGCAUGAACGAGGAGUUAUGUACGAAGGAGAUCGAGAUGAUGCAGCGCGCGGGCAAACACGCGAACUUAGUGUCGUUGAUCGACGUGGUGGAGCUGCCCGACGCCAGAGCUUUAGUCCUGGAACUCGCGACGGGCGGCGAGGUCUUCGAGCGCAUCUGCGAGAAGGGUUGUUAUUCCGAGAGAGACGCUGCGUUAGUAGCCAAACAAGUCGCCCUAGCCCUCAAACACUUACAUGGGAGAGGUAUUGCUCAUAGAGAUUUAAAACCGGAGAACUUGUUGCUGGUUUCUGAUGCGCAUGAUGCUGAUGUCAAACUAUGUGAUCUGGGCAUCGCCGCGGCGCCCUGUGAGAAAUUAGAUAAACGGGUGGGCACUCCCGGCUACGCCGCGCCCGAGAUGUUGUUGGCCACGAAGAAGAAGACCUAUGAUGCCAGGUGCGACCUGUUUGCGCUCGGUGUGAUUCUGUUCGUGCUGCUGGGGGGCUAUCAUCCUUUUGACCCCAUGGGCGACGCGUCCGACGCCAUAUUAGCCUCGCGCAUAAAGCAGGGCAAGUGGCAGUUCCACGACGAGGCCUGGGCCAAGAUCUCGCCGGAGGCCAAGGACGUUGUUCGUCAUUUGCUGGCGGUGAAGCCUGAUGACCGAUGGGACGUGGACGAUGUGUUGGCGUCGCCGUGGGUCGCCGGGAGCGCCUCUUCAAAGCCGAUCGGCAAUAAUGAAAGGUUGCGCGCGUUCAAUCAAGCGCGGCGGACGUGGGCCGCCGCUAUUAGAGCAGCGGCUUUGGUCGCGUCGGCGCCCGUCGCCGCGGCGCACCACUCAGCCACUGGAACGUUGUCGGACGAGGCGCGGGCGGAAUUAAGGGAGGCUUUUGAUGGGCUCGACGUCGAGGGUAUUUGGCCGCGUCCGGGGAUCAUCGCGGUGACGGCGUGCCUGCCGGAGACCGCAACGCGUUUGGUGAGGCUUCGUCCGCGCAGGCAACGGGACGAUCUCCUUCGCGGAGCUCGCCGGGGUCAUGGCCUCGCUCGGCCACGGCGAGGAGGCCCUCGCCGUGUUCAAGGAGGUGCACGGGUCCGCAAGAGGCGCAAUCACUUUUGACGAGUUCUGCUCCGCGAUGGGCCCGAUCUACACGUCCUCGACGGCGGCGCUGCGACGCGCGUUCGACAUCUUCGACGCCGACGGGAACGGGAGCAUCGAUCGGGAUGAGUUUUCGAGUAUAAUGCACCGGCUCCACUUGCUGCCUCGGGACGAUGAGGCCGCGGCGGAAAAAGCGCUGGCCCAGAUGUUCGACAUGGCCGAUAUCGACCAUGAUGGUAGCGUAUCAUUUGAAGAAUUCUGCGCCAUGUUCCACCAGCACGUCGGAGCGCCCUCCUCGGCGAAACCGGCGAGCCACGCGACGCAAGAGGUCACUGCCGCCUUUGCUGCGAAAUAAAUUCAUAACACAUACUUUUCUUAGGGGGGUGGGUCGCGUCGACGGCGCCUCGAGCCUUCCGACCUGGAGCCGA